UACACACUUGAAGCGCUGUUGUCCAAACAUGCGGGUUUGCUAAAGUGUGUGCAUCAUUUUACAUCUCGAACCACCUCUCAAAGUUCCUAGAAAUCGUUAGUGGGUUUAUAUAUAACAAUGGAGACCGAAAAUCAAGCCAAAAAGAGAUCCCAUGGGGAGGAUGAAAGGUCUGGCUCAGAAGGAUCGGAGGCUGAUGAUUAUGUUCCAUAUGUACCAGUCAAAAUCAGAAAACAACAAAUGCUUCAGAAGAUGUUACGUCUGCGUGGAAAGGCAGUGGAUGACGAGCUGAAGGAUAGUGGCGAAGAGCAGAGGGAUGAAGAUGAGGGUCUUGGUCCACGCUCCAAUGUCAGCCUCCUUGACCAGCACCAGCACCUCAAGGAGAAAGCUGAAGCACGUAAAGAGUCAGCCAAGGAGAAGCAGCUGAAAGAGGAAGAGAAGAUUCUUGAAAGCGUUGCAGAAGGCAGAGCACUGAUGUCUGUGAAGGAAAUGGCCAAAGGUAUCAUCUAUGAUGAUCCCAUAAAAACAAGCUGGAAGGCGCCCCGCUACAUCCUGAACAUGCCACUCACCAGACACGACCGCGUCAGGAAGAAAUUCCACAUCCUAGUCGAUGGUGAUGGCAUCCCUCCUCCCAUCAAAAGCUUCAGAGAGAUGAAGUUCCCACCAGCAAUUCUGAAAGGCUUAAAAAAGAAAGGAAUUGUGCACCCCACACCAAUUCAGAUACAAGGAAUCCCCACAGUUCUGUCAGGUCGAGACAUGAUCGGCAUCGCCUUCACUGGAUCAGGAAAGACUUUGGUUUUCACUCUGCCCAUCAUCAUGUUCUCCCUGGAGCAGGAGAAGAGGCUGCCAUUCUUCAAAAGAGAGGGACCAUAUGGGCUAAUCAUCUGUCCUUCACGAGAGUUGGCGAGGCAGACACACAGCAUCAUAGAGUUUUACUGCAAACUGCUGGAGGAAGAAGGAGCUCCGCAGCUGCGCACUGCCCUCUGCAUCGGAGGGAUGUCUGUCAAGGAACAGAUGGAGGUAGUGAAACAUGGUGUCCAUAUGAUGGUCGCCACCCCUGGACGAUUGAUGGACUUGUUGCAGAAGAAGAUGGUCAGUCUGGACAUCUGUCGCUACUUGGCUCUGGAUGAAGCAGACAGGAUGAUUGACAUGGGCUUUGAAGAGGACAUCAGGACCAUCUUCUCAUAUUUCAAGGGACAAAGACAAACCCUACUUUUCAGCGCCACCAUGCCAAAGAAGAUCCAGAACUUUGCCAAGAGUGCUCUGGUCAAACCAGUCACCAUUAACGUGGGCAGGGCCGGAGCGGCCAGCUUGGACGUCAUUCAAGAAGUGGAAUACGUAAAAGAAGAGGCUAAGAUGGUUUACCUCCUGGAGUGUCUCCAGAAAACGCCCCCUCCCGUACUGAUAUUUGCUGAGAAGAAGGCGGAUGUAGAUGCCAUCCACGAGUAUCUGCUGCUAAAGGGAGUGGAGGCAGUGGCCAUACAUGGAGGCAAAGAUCAAGAGGAAAGAACAAAAGCUAUAGAAGCAUUCAAAGAAGGGAAGAAAGAUGUUUUAGUGGCCACGGAUGUGGCCUCCAAAGGUCUGGAUUUCCCAGCUAUUCAGCACGUAGUGAACUAUGACAUGCCGGAAGAGAUAGAAAACUAUGUCCACAGAAUUGGCAGAACUGGACGAUCAGGCAAGACUGGCAUUGCCACAACAUUCAUCAAUAAAGGCUGUGAUGAGUCAGUGCUGAUGGAUCUGAAAGCUCUGCUUGUUGAAGCCAAGCAGAAGGUUCCUCCCGUCCUCCAGGUGCUUCAGACUGGAGAAGAGUUGGACAUUGGGGGAGAGCGCGGCUGUACGUUCUGCGGUGGUCUCGGUCACCGUAUUACAGACUGUCCUAAGCUGGAGGCCAUGCAGACCAAGCAGGUCACCAACAUUGGACGGAAAGACUACCUGGCGCACAGUUCCAUGGACUUUUAAGAGCUUUUUCUUCAUAGCAAACAUGUUUCAAUGCUAUGCAGAAGUGAAAAGCAUUUCUGUGGAAACUGUACAGUCACAUGUCUAGUCACUGAAUUAAGGAAGUGUGUAUAUAUAUAUAGAAAUAUGUGUGUAUAUAAUCACCUAACAGUAUUUUGUGUCAGAUGAAAAUAUUGUUUGCAAAUUUUCUUAUUCGUUUCAUAAAUAUGCCUUUUGUAAAAUACAGCUUUGAAUAUUAAAUUGUAAAUAAAACUCUGAACUUGUA